CUUCUCUCAUGCUGAGUUCACCGAUUGAUAUCGUUCAGUUGUAUAUAAUACAUAUAAAGUGAAUGAUAAGAAAUAAUAUAUGCUGUCUUGCGAUUAUCGCCUCGAUGGAUCAUCAUUAUACGAAUAUUUGCGCCCCCGCUACAGUAGAGGAGUCACUGUGUGGCUUCGCUCGUAGGGUAAAGAUCUCCACGACGGUGACGUACGCUGACACUGCUGACAGCUGUCUCAGAGUCCCAGUCCACUAACGUGAGCACCAUCGGGAUCUUCCGGCUCCGUUUCUUCCUCGACUCGUAUCCUUCCGGAUAGAUCUUGCCACGCGAGCCAUGUCGAUCUCGCAUAGCUAGCUAGUAGAUCAACAGACAACAGCAGAUCUCGGAGUUAAUCUGCGUGAAAGUGUAGCUCCGUGUCGCUUCCCAUGUCAUAAUGCGUGAUUUGCGCACCGUCAUCCUUAUCGUCAAUCGCCGUUAAGAUUUUCCUCUCCUCUGCCCGUGGCAACGCAGUCCAGUCCGUCACAUCCACGUGCGAUGUAAAUAAUACGCCGCUUAGCCAUGACUCAUGCGAACGAUGCAGACCGAUACAUUUCCAUAUGAUUUACGACUUUUACGAGAAUCUCCGGAGCGCGGAUAUGAUCGCGACAGCCAAGGAACGAUACUUGGACGACACGUUUAGGAAUCCAUGUGUAAUAAAUAUGUACUGACGUGCACUGCAACGUGUGGAAACCCUUUAAGGUGACACUUGGUUUUGUCAUGCGGAAUAGAUCGAUCAGUAUUAUCUUUGGCUCCCUCAUCUUAUGGGCUCUGGCUACAUACUUUUUAUUUCUGGACCAACAAUCGGUUGGCAAGGAUCAGGACAAGGACAAGGACAAGCUAUCAAAUCAAAUCAGCAGAUUAGAAAAACAAGUGAAACAGCAGAUAAUUAUAAAUCAGGAACUUCUGGAAGAAAUCAAUGAGAGCAAACGUCUUAAGAAAGAAUACGAUAGGUUAAAUGUCCAAUUGCCAAUAGAUGCAGAAAAAGACAAACACAAAAAACAUGAAACCAAUAAGGAUAAAAGUAUAUUAUUGCAAAAGAUCGAAAACAAAAAUAAUUGGAAGAUAUCUCAAAAUGAACAGGGGCCGACACAAGAUGCUGUCUUAUCUACAGAGGCAGCACAUAGUACUCCUUUGAGGCAUAAACUUCCUGAUGGAUCUCCAAUAAUAGCUAUUUUGGUUGUUUCUUGUAAUCGUAUUACAGUAGAGCGAUGUUUAAAUCAGUUAAUUAAGUUAAGAUCUAGCAAAGAACAGUUCCCAAUAGUUGUAUCUCAAGACUGUGAUCAUCGACCAACUGCUGAUGUCAUAGCAAGAUAUGGAAAUCAGCUGCUACAUAUAAAGCAACCUGAUCAAUCUGAUAUUGAAAUACCACCUAAAGAAAAGAAAUUCAGAGGCUACUUCAAAAUUGCACGUCACUAUAAAUGGGCGUUAAAUCAAGUGUUUCUAAAGCUUGGAUAUAGUACUGCAAUUAUAGUUGAAGAUGACUUGGACGUUGCUCCAGACUUUUACGAGUACUUCCUGGGAACUUAUCCUCUGUUAGUGAAUGAUAGUUCUCUUUGGUGUAUAUCAGCGUGGAAUGAUAACGGUAAAGCUGGCUUGGUGGAUGAACAUGCGCCUCAUUUACUUUAUAGGACAGAUUUCUUUCCUGGCUUAGGUUGGAUGCUUACGCGCGAUUUAUGGUUGGAGCUAGCACCAAAAUGGCCCAAAUCAUAUUGGGAUGAUUGGAUAAGACAGCCAGAACAGCGUAAGAAUAGAGCUUGCAUCCGCCCGGAAAUCUCGCGAACUAGAACAUUCGGCAAACUUGGAGUCAGCAACGGCUUAUUCUUUGAAAAACACCUGAAAUACAUCAAGCUGAAUGAACAAUUUGUGCCUUUCACCAAGAUGAAUCUAUCCUAUUUACUAAAAGAUAAUUACGAUAUAUCUUUCGUCAACCAAGUGUAUCAGUCGACAGUGGUUAGCUAUUUGGAAUUGAAAAGUGGAAAUAUAGUUGCCCCUGGUCCAGUACGAAUACCAUACUAUACUCGUCAGUCGUUUAAAAAUACUACCAAAUUGCUUGGUUUAAUGGACGAUUUCAGAAGCGGUGUGCCGAGAUCAGGAUACCGUGGUGUGGUGACGUUUUUCUAUAAUGGUAGACGCGUGCAUUUAGCACCGAGUGCGAACUGGAAUGGUUAUGAUAUAACAUGGAGCUAACACAUGAUUAUACUCUACAAAGACUUGUAGAUUGCGCAGAAAUAUUGCGUGCAUCUUUUCUUUGAUAUUCAACAGAAUAAGUGAAUAUAACAAUUGUGAGAUAAACUGACAGUGAGAUCUGUAUUUAAAUCUACAGUGUACGGCUAUGCUCUGUAGAAUUAGGUAGAAGCCGGUGUUACAUUCCUCAUGUAAUCGGUUUGGAACAUGAUCUUUCUUACAGAAAGAUAUGUUACAUAUAUUUCGAUAAGUUUAUGUAUGAUUUAUGUAAAUGAAUAUUAUACAUACAUAUAAAUAAAUAAAUAAAUAUAUAUAUAUAUAUAUAUAUAUAUAUAUAUAUAUAUGUAUGUAUGUAUGUAUGUAUGUAUGUCAUAAAUUCAUUUACAAUACAUAUACUAUUGUAAAGCUGCGUUUCUAAAAAUUACAUUCAUCAUUUUUUGGUACAUAUUUAAAUGAUCGCUGAAGAGUUGAGUGUAUAUAAAAUGUAGUCAUAUUGAUAAAGCAAUACUCUUGAUUAAUUACAAUGUAUCUUCCAAAAUAAGAAUAUGUUGAUAUAUUUUUGCUCAUACUGUUUUCGAAAAUUAAUUUUGUUAUGAAGUCAUGUGAUGUAUGACAAAUGAAGUAUAAUUUUAUCGAAAAAUUUAAUCAAA